UGCCGCAGAGCGCUUCUUGGCAAAGCUGGCUGCCAGUUGACCCCUCACAAAGCUCCAGGAGUAUGGCGUUUUCUCCCAGCAGCAAAGUUCAGCUGGGGGGAAUCUUUCUCGCCUUCUUUGGGUGGGUCUCCUCUUGUGCGACGACCAUGGUGCCGUUCUGGAAGAAGCUGAACUUGGAGUUAAACGAGCUUGAAGAAUGGAACGUGGGCCUUUGGCUUGCUUGUGUCAUUCAAGACGAGGGCCCCCUGGAGUGUAAGCCCUACGACUCCCUGCUGGACUUGCCCCCGGUAUUAAGACUAGCCAGGUUUUUAAUGAUUGCUGCCAACGGUCUGGGAUUUAUCGCAUUCUUCCUCUGUCUUUGCGGGUUGAACUGUGUGAAGACAAAGAACAAAAAUAUUGAACUGAAAAAACGCCUCGGGGUGGCUGGGGGAGCCUUCUUCUGCCUCUCUGGAGUAAUCACCCUGAUUCCAGUCUCCUGGAUUGCCUACAACACUGUACAGGAAUUCUGGGAUGAAACAGUGCCUGAUAUUGUUCCAAGGUGGGAAUUUGGCGAUGCUUUGUUCUUGGGUUGGUUUGCUGGGUUUUUCCUUAUAGUAGGUGGCCUCCUUUUCAUCGGUUCCACCUGCAUGCAGGAGACCCACGAGCCACCCCAGCUGUUAGAAACCUACCCUUGGCUGGUGGCACCAAAGCCACUCAUGCUGCCAAACCGCCACCAGUAUAAAGCAACCAAAAAUGCCGAUCUUGUCAUCUGAGCUCUGCGUACUGUGGGAACAGUGGAUUCUCCACAAACAUUUGAGGCUGUGAGAACGGUUUCUAUUUAACUCAGACGGAGCUGUGCUUCUGAAUCCUUUUGACUCUUUUGAAAAGAGACACUUUGUUUGGAAAUCUGUGCCCUGAAGCAAGAAGACGGCACUAUUCUGUCGCAUUUUCAACCGUUAACAAGACUGCCUGCAGCACCCAAAAGUGAGCCUGAGAGAAAGAGUCAUUGUGUCAAAGAGCAAUAUGAUAGGGUGAUUGAUGUUCACCGUUAGCAGAACAGAUGUAUGCCAGUGUAUGCAAACCUUUCUGGAAGACCGGAAACUUUUCAUUCCUACCGUACAAAUCAGUAAUGGCAAGAGGGCAUGGCUAUGCACUGCAAAGAAUUUCAGAUGUGAUUUGGGGCUGAUGUAAGGUUGGAGCCAUUGUCUACAGCCAGGUAUCAAAUUCAGCAGGUAUUGUGAGAGCUUAAAGGGUGAUUAAGUACUUAGAAAAAAAAUGGAAUGCUGCUAUGUUUGCUUUUCACUAGACAUGGAUCAAAACUUGUUGCUUCAGACUUGCUGGCAGCAAUUAAGAGAUGCAAAAAUAAAAAUUGAUUAACUCCA